CUCAGGCCCCCCUUCCCACGCCCAGUGCGCUGUGGGAUAGUGGCACUAUAAAGUAUAUCCUCUCUCGGAGAAAGAUAAGAAGCCCGAGACAGGAGGGGAUGAAGAUGGCGGACGCCAAGCAAAAAAGGAACGAACAGUUGAAACGGUGGUUAGGGUCGGAGACAGACAUCGAGCCUCCUAUUCUGAAAAAGAAGAAGGCGAAGGUGAAGUUCGACGAUGGCGCCGUGUUUUUGGCUGCCUGCUCAAGCGGCGAUACCGAGGAGGUGCUCCGAAUGAUUGACCGGGGUGCUGACAUCAACUACGCCAAUGUAGACGGUCUGACUGCCCUCCACCAGGCAUGCAUAGAUGACAACGUGGACAUGGUGACCUUCCUGGUGGAGCAUGGGGCUGCCAUCAACCAGCCCGACAAUGAGGGCUGGAUCCCCCUCCACGCCGCAGCCUCUUGUGGAUACAUGGACAUAGCAGAGUAUCUGAUUGGCCAGGGAGCCAGUGUGGGGGUGGUGAACAGUGAAGGGGAGACACCACUGGACAUCGCUGAGGAGGAGGCCAUGGAGGAGCUCCUGAAGAAUGAGAUCAACCGACAAGGUGUGGACAUCGAGGCGGCCAGGAAGGAGGAGGAGCGGAUCAUGCUGAGGGACGCCCGGCAGUGGCUCAACAGCGGAACCAUCAACGACGUCCGACACGCCAAGUCCGGGGGGACCGCACUCCACGUGGCCGCUGCCAAGGGUUACGCUGAGGUUUUAAAGCUUUUAAUCCAAGCAGGGUAUGAUGUAAAUAUUAAAGACUUUGACGGCUGGACCCCACUCCACGCUGCUUCACAUUGGGGCAAAGAGGAGGCCUGCAAGAUACUGGUGGAGAACCUGUGUGACAUGGACCUUAUCAAUAAAGUGGGUCAGACAUCUUUUGAUGUUGCAGAUGAAGAUGUCCUUGGCUACUUAGAGGAAUUACAGAAGAAGCAGAAUCUGCUCAAUAGUGAAAAGAAGGAUGUUAAGAAGUCUCCCUUGAUAGAAACGACGACCACCGGGGACAACAAUCAAAAUCUAAAAUCCAUCAAGAGCAAAGAGACCCUCCUCCUGGAGCCCGAGAAGCCCGCCCUGCGCAUCGAGACCCUGGAACCGGAGAAGGUGGACGAGGAAGAGGAGGGCAAGAAGGACCAAGAGUCCAGCUGCUCCAGCGAGGAGGAAGAGGAGGAAGACUCGGAGUCUGAGACUGAAGCCGACAAGAGCAAGACGCCUGUCCCUGUGAGCAACAGUAACGGCACUGCUGUGGUGCCAACGCCGACCAGCGUUACGGUGUCCACCUCCCCAACCAGCCCCACUAACCAGGUGACUCUCACCUCGCCUGUCAAGAAGUCUGAUUAUAUUACUGCCCUCUUGCCUGUGGCGGAGCCAAGCUGUCCUGCAUUGUGGCGUCAAGGCUUGCGCAAAACUGGCAUUUCUCUUGUGCCCAAAAAACCCAUGGUGGCCCAGCAGGUGUCCCCUGCUGGUAAGGUCUCUCCUAAAGAGGUCUCCCCUAAAGAUAAACAGGAGGAUGACAAGACGAAGAAAUCGGACGAGUCCCCGGCGUCGUGGCGCCUGGGUCUGAGGAAGACUGGCAGCUACGGGGCGCUGGCGGAGAUCACGGCCACGAAGGAGGCCCAGAAGGAGAAGGACACGGCCGGGGUGAUGCGCUCAGCCUCCAGCCCCCGCCUCUCCUCCUCCCUGGACAACAAGGACAAAGAGAAGGAAAAAGACAAAGGAACCAGACUUGCCUACGUUGCCCCCACCAUCCCCAGGAGACUGGCCAGUACAUCAGACAUUGACGAGAAGGAGAACAGGGACUCUGCUGCUAGUCUGGUACGUAGCGGCUCCUACACCAGGAGACGCUGGGACGAUGAGCUGAAGAACAGUGAAGGAAGCGCUUCCACCAACCGAACAACACCCAGCUAUCAGCGCAGCACGUCCCACACGCUAACGCUAGGGCGGAGCGGCAGCACGCGGGACGUGCCAGCCAAGUCCUCUUCUGCCUCCAGCUUGGACCCUAACACCUGUAACACUAAACCCUGGCAGUCGCCCGCCUCCCACUACCAGUCUUACAGCAUUUACCGCAGUGGUUCCUUUGGCAGGAGGCAUGAAGACCUGGGUUCGACCACCUCUUCUUCCACUAGCACCACCACAACCACCUCGUCUGUUACCUCGCCCACCGGCUUCCGUGACCGCAGCCUGCUCUCCAGCCUGGGCUCCUCCACCCGCACCGGAUCCUCCAGCCUCACCAGCAGGUACUGGGCAGAGGAGAGUGCGGAGAGGGAAAAGGAGCGGGAGAAGGAGUCUGCUGCAGUCGUCCCUACGAUUAACACUGGUUCCACCACCACCACGUCCACUACUGGCACUAUCAUUGGCUCUGACGGCAGGGAGAGACGCAGGUCCGACACGCGCACGUCGUACCUCACCCCUGUCCGGGAUGAAGAGUCGGAGUCCCAGAGGAAAGCCCGCUCCAGACAGGCUAGACAGUCCAGACGGUCUACCCAGGGUGUGACUCUAACUGACCUCCAAGAGGCAGAGAAGACCAUCGGCAGGAGUCGCCCCAUACGGACCCGGGAGGAGGAGAAGGAAGAGAAGGAGAAACAAGAGAAGCAGGAGGAGAAGAAGGAGACUGGUGAAACCAAGGAGGACGACUACCGGUCGAGGUACCGCAGCUUCGAAGAGACUUACCAGCGCUACCGACCCUCCACCACCUCGGCCACCACCCUGAGCACGGCCUCCACCCCGUCCUCUACUUCUACUUCCUCUAGCUCCCUCAACAGGCCCAACAGCCUGACCGGCAUCACCUCCUCCUCCAGCUCCCUCAACAGGCCCAACAGCCUGUCCGGCAUCACCUCCUCUUACAGCCGCUCCUCCAGGGACAUUGAGAAAGAAUCAGACAAGAAGCAGCAGGAGGAGGAGAAGGAGGGAGAGGAUAAGUCCCAGCCCCGCUCCAUACGGGAUCGCCGGCGGCCCCGUGAGAAGAGACGCUCCACCGGGGUGUCUUUCUGGACCCAAGAUGGGAGUGAUGACAAUGACCCAGACCAGUCGGCGGACUCAGAGGAAGGCAGCAUCAAGGGUGAACCUCAGAGUGACCGACUGUCCAGGAAUGAGAGCAGCACUUCCUCUUCCGACCGCUACGACCACUUGGGUAGCCGUGGCUACAGCGAGGGUCGCAGGUCAUUCUCAAGCAGGCUGGACCGAGACGAUAGCACUGACUACAAGAAGCUUUAUGAGCAGAUCCUAGCUGAGAAUGAGAAGCUGAAGUCCCAGUUACGUGACACAGACCUGCAGCUGAAUGACUUGAAGCUACAGCUGGAGAAGGCCACACAGAGGCAGGAGCGCUUUGCUGACCGGUCGCAGCUUGAGAUGGAGAAAAGGGAAAGAAGAGCUCUAGAAAGGAAGAUCUCUGAUAUGGAGGAGGAACUUAAGAACCUCCCAGAGGUAAAGCAGGUUCAGGCCCUGCGUCAGGUCAAGGAGCGGCUGCAGGCAGAGAACAGGGCCCUGGCCCGCGUGGUGGUCAAGCUCUCCCAGUCAGCCUGCAGCCAGCUGCCCCCCUCCGUGGACCUGUAGCCCUGCCCAACCGCUCCCCCUCACCCUCCCUUCUCAUGUUCCAUUUGUGCUCCGACCUCACCCAUAGACAGGCAGGUCGUCCACCCCCCGCCCAACUACAAGGUUAUCUCCUCCCCCCUGAGACUGACUCCCCCUACCUCCCCAGACCUCUCUGGUUUUCAUAUUGGGGAGUGUGUUUUGACUGGGCACUUUCAUUUACACUACCUAUUAUAGUUCACAGUAAAGUUAAAUGUUAUUUUCAGUCAGGUAAGUAUCAAUUCAGGUGGUAAUUUUCAUAUAAGCAUAUACACUGCUCAAAAAAAUAAAGGGAACACUAAAAUAACACAUCCUAGAUCUGAAUGAAUGAAAUAUUCUUAUUAAAUACUUUUUUCUUUACAUAGUUGAAUGUGCUGACAACAAAAUCACACAAAAAUUAUCAAUGGAAAUCAAAUUUAUCAACCCAUGGAGGUCUGGAUUUGGCGUCACACUCAAUAUUAAAGUGGAAAACCACACUACAGGCGGAUCCAACUUUGAUGUAAUGUCCUUAAAGCAAGUCAAAAUGAGGCUCAGUUGUGUGUGUGUGUGUGUGUGUGUGGCAUCCACGUGCCUGUAUGACCUCCCUACAAUGCCUGGGCAUGCUCCUGAUGAGGUGGCGGAUGGUCUCCUGAUGGAUCUCCUCCCAGACCUGGACUAAAGCAUCCGCCAACUCCUGGACAGGAGCGAGACAUGAUGUGCUCAAUUGGAUUCAGGUCUGAGGAACGGGCGGGCCAGUCCAUAGCAUCAAUGCCUUCCUCUUGCAGGAACUGCUGACACACUCCAGCCAAAUGAGGUCUAGCAUUGUCUUGCAUUAGGAGGAACUCGGGGCCAACCGCACCAGCAUAUGGUCUCACAAGGGGUCUGAGGAUCUCAUCUCGGUACCUAAUGGCAGUCAGGCUACCUCUGGUGAGCACAUGGAGGGCUGUGCGGCCCCCCAAAGAAAUGCCACCCCACACCAUGACUGACCCACCGCCAAACCGGUCAUGCUGGAGGAUGUUGCAGGCAGCAGAACGUUCUCCACGACGUCUCCAGACUCUGUCACGUGCUCAGUGUGAACCUGCUUUCAUCUGUGAAGAGCACAGGGUGCCAGUGGCAAAUUUGCCAAUCUUGGUGUUCUCUGGCAAAUGCCAAACGUCCUGCACAAUGUUGGGCUGUAAAGCACAACCCCCACCUGUGGACGUCGGGCCCUCAUACCACCCUCAUGGAGUCUGUUUCUGACCGUUUGAGCAGACACAUGCACAUUUGUGGCCUGCUGGAGGUCAUUUUGCAGGGCUCUGGCAGUGCUCCUCCUUGCACAAAGGCGGAGGUAGCGGUCCUGCUGCUGGGUUGUUGACCUCCUACGGCCGACACAUCUCCUGAUGUACUGGCCUGUCUCCUGGUAGCACCUCCAUGCUCUGGACACUACACUGACUGACACAGCAAACCUUCUUGCCACAGCUCGCAUUGAUGUGCCAUCCUGGAUGAGCUGCACUACCUGAGCCACUUGUGUGGGUUGUAGACUCCGUCUCAUGCUAUCACUAGAGUGAAAGCACCGCCAGCAUUCAAAAGUGACCGAAACAUCAGCCAGGAAGCAUAGGAACUGAGGUGGUCUGUGGUCACCACCUGCAGAACCACUCCUUUAUUGGGGGUGUCUUGCUAAUUGCCUAUAAUUUCCACCUGUUGUCUAUUCCAUUUGCACAACAGCAUGUGAAAUUUAUUGUCAAUCAGUGUUGCUUCCUAAGUGGACAGUUUGAUUUCACAGAAGUGUGAUUUGACUUGGAGUUACAUUGCGUUUAAGUGUUCCCUUUAUUUUUUUGAGCAGUGUACUUUGUUAGUACAGCACCUGAAGUUUAAAUAUUGGACUACAUGAUUAGAUCUUCAUGCAGUUGAUUUUACUAUAUAAUUUGAUGUACUGUAAAGGAGAGUGCCCCAUUUUGUUCUUUUCCCCCCAGUGUGCAGUCUUGAAGUCUUAUCAAGGAGUGCCGUUGUUUCGUUCCGCUUGUUUCUGGCUUUGCAUGACGUGGCUUUCUUUUUGCGUCAAAUGGCGGACAUUUUUUUUUAUGGAGGACGAACACAUUUCCUUUCCCCUCAGUGUCUCUCUCCAGUCCUACCCCCAUUUCAGUUGACUCUUACAGAUGACAUCAACCCAGUUUUGAGACCGGGUCACCCCAAUACUGCAGGUUUACACUUGGUCUUAUUUAAUUUCCCAGUGACCUAGACAUAUUAAUUUGGCUCUUGCUCAUGAUUUCAAUUUCCAUUACAUGCCAUAAGAAGCUCAGGUUGGUUGAUUGUCAUCUGUAAAAAAAUGCCUUUUAGUUUUGCGGUGGACAGUUACGUUUUGCUCUUGUUCUCCCUGGAUGUUCAGUUGUUCCAAGAGUAACUGGGCAAUCUGCCAUGGUUGCUCUACCCCGGGCAAUGCUGUACUGCAUGGCUUCAGGAAUCUGCUUAGCCCAGUAUGGUUUUAAUUGAUAUUGAGGGAAUUAUACCUGUAAGGGAUAAUCUUGUGACUGAUUGUGAUUAGUAAUAUUUUCAUUUGUCAAACAAACUGGGUUGUAUUUCUUAAUCCACAACAUUUGGGCAUCACACUGAUGAACAUUGUGUUGAUAAAUAGUUAAAGCAGUAGGAUAUCCCUUAUUCAGAUACCUAAUAAUGAGUGGCAUAGGGCUGUUAAUAAGUCAUUUUAUUGUUUCACUUUCACACUAAACUCUCAAACCGUGACCAAGAUGACAGGCAGUGGUGUAGUUAUGUUAGUGAAUAACGUAACUACUCUCAUUGUAUUAAGGCAGAUGUAGUAAUGCAAUUAUUUUCUAAUACCAGUUUGGAAAUUUGGUUCAGGGCAGAAAUGGGUAUUGACUGAGAUGGUGUUAGCUUUACACGUGGUAAGUCUACCUCACGAAGACACAGGAAAAAAACAAACGAUUGCAAAGGCAUUAUUUGAUGCUGCAGCAGUUUGUUGCUCAUGCAUUUUUUGCCCCUGUAUGCUUCAAAUAAAAGAGCACUGUUAGGAUUUGUGCAGGUUAUUUGAAGAGUGUGUUUUCCUGGGCGCCAGUGGAGCCGCCUCUCCUGUUCUGCAUGGCUAUUUAGCAGAGACUUUUGACCGGAGUGUGCUUGCUCCAUUCUCAGCUAAGAAAAUAAAAAAUAAAAAAAUGGUUGACUGUGGCUUGUCAAAGAUGCUGAAGACACACUCUGCAAUGAACAGUUUCUAGGACUGGUUAACCUCAACGUGUCUCUAAGCCCGUUUCCCUCUCUCUUUUGUUCUC